CUGAUUUUGGAUCUGCCUCAAUGGCUUCUCCUGCCAACUCCUUUGUGGGCACACCUUACUGGAUGGCUCCAGAGGUGAUCUUAGCUAUGGACGAAGGACAGUAUGAUGGGAAAGUUGAUAUUUGGUCACUUGGAAUCACCUGUAUUGAAUUGGCGGAACGGAAGCCCCCCCCUUUUCAACAUGAAUGCAAUGAGUGCCUUAUACCAUAUUGCCCAGAAUGACUCCCCAACGCUACAAUCUAAUGAAUGGACAGACUCCUUUCGGAGAUUUGUUGAUUACUGCUUGCAGAAAAUACCUCAGGAAAGGCCAACGUCAGCGGAGCUAUUACGGCACGAUUUUGUUCGACGAGACCGGCCACUACGUGUCCUAAUUGACCUCAUACAGAGGACAAAAGAUGCUGUUCGCGAAUUAGAUAACCUACAGUACCGAAAAAUGAAAAAAAUCCUUUUCCAAGAGACGCGAAAUGGACCCUUAAAUGAGUCACAGGAGGAUGAAGAAGACAGCGAACAUGGAACCGGCCUGAUCAGGGAAAUGGACAGCCUGGGCAGCAACCAUUCCAUCCCAAGCGUGUCUGUGAGCACAGGCAGCCAGAGCAGCAGUGUGAACAGCAUGCAGGAGGUCAUGGAUGAGAACAGCUCUGAACCUGUCCUGAUGCACGAUGACGAAAGCACUAUAAAUUCCAGUUCCUCUGUUAUGCCCAAGAAGGAUCAUGUAUUCAUAAGGGAUGAGGCGGGCCACGGCGAUCCCAGGCCUGAGCCGCGGCCUACCCAGUCAGUUCAGAGCCAGGCCCUCCACUACCGGAACAGAGAGCGCUUUGCCACGAUCAAAUCAGCAUCUUUGGUUACACGACAGAUCCAUGAGCAUGAGCAGGAGAACGAGUUGCGGGAACAGAUGUCAGGUUAUAAGCGGAUGCGGCGCCAGCACCAGAAGCAGCUGAUCGCCCUGGAGAACAAGCUGAAGGCUGAGAUGGACGAGCACCGCCUCAAGCUACAGAAGGAGGUGGAGACGCAUGCCAACAACUCGUCCAUCGAGCUGGAGAAGCUGGCCAAGAAGCAAGUGGCUAUCAUAGAGAAGGAGGCAAAGGUAGCUGCAGCAGAUGAAAAGAAGUUCCAGCAACAGAUCUUGGCCCAGCAGAAGAAAGAUUUGACAACUUUCUUAGAAAGUCAGAAGAAGCAGUAUAAGAUUUGUAAGGAAAAAAUAAAAGAGGAGAUGAAUGAGGACCAUAGCACACCCAAGAAAGAAAAGCAAGAGCGGAUAUCCAAGCAUAAAGAGAACUUGCAGCACACACAGGCUGAAGAGGAAGCCCACCUUCUCACCCAGCAGAGACUGUACUACGACAAAAACUGUCGUUUCUUCAAGCGGAAAAUAAUGAUCAAGCGGCACGAGGUGGAGCAGCAGAACAUUCGGGAGGAACUAAAUAAAAAGAGGACCCAGAAGGAGAUGGAGCAUGCCAUGCUAAUCCGGCACGACGAGUCCACCCGAGAGCUAGAGUACAGGCAGCUGCACACAUUACAGAAGCUACGCAUGGAUCUGAUCCGUCUACAGCACCAGACUGAACUGGAAAACCAGCUGGAGUACAAUAAGAGGCGAGAAAGGGAACUGCACAGAAAGCAUGUCAUGGAACUUCGGCAACAGCCAAAAAACUUAAAGGCCAUGGAAAUGCAAAUUAAAAAACAGUUUCAGGACACUUGCAAAGUACAGACCAAACAGUAUAAAGCACUCAAGAAUCACCAGUUGGAAGUUACUCCAAAGAAUGAGCACAAAACAAUCUUAAAGACACUGAAAGAUGAGCAGACAAGAAAACUUGCCAUUUUGGCAGAGCAGUAUGAACAGAGUAUAAAUGAAAUGAUGGCCUCUCAAGCGUUACGGCUAGAUGAGGCUCAAGAAGCAGAAUGUCAGGCCUUGAGGCUACAGCUCCAGCAGGAAAUGGAGCUGCUCAAUGCCUACCAGAGCAAAAUCAAGAUGCAAACAGAGGCACAACAUGAACGUGAGCUCCAGAAGCUAGAGCAGAGGGUGUCUCUGCGCAGAGCACAUCUUGAGCAGAAGAUUGAAGAAGAGCUGGCUGCCCUUCAGAAGGAACGCAGCGAGAGAAUAAAGUACCUAUUGGAAAGGCAAGAGCGAGAGAUUGAAACUUUUGACAUGGAGAGCCUCAGAAUGGGAUUUGGGAAUUUGGUUACAUUAGAUUUUCCUAAGGAGGACUAUAGAUGAGAUUAAAAUUUUUUGCCAUUUACAAAAAAAAAGAAACCAGAAAAAAAUUCAGACCCUGCAAAACCACAUUCCCCAUUUUAACGGGCGUUGCUCUCACUCUCUCUCUCUCUUACUCUUACUGACAUCGUGUCGGACUAGUGCCUGUUUAUUCUUACUCCAUCAGGGGCCCCUUCCUCCCCCCGUGUCAACUUUCAGUGCUGGCCAAAACCUGGCCAUCUCUUCUAUUCAUAGUACACGUCACAGUAUUGAUGUGAUUCAAAAUGUUUCAGUGAAAACUUUGGAGACAGUUUUAACAAAACAAUAAACCAACAACAACAACAACAAAAGUGGAUGUAUAUUGCUUUAAGCAAUCACUCAUUACCACCAAUCUGUGAAAGUAAAGCAAAAAAAAUAAUAAUAAUAAAUGCCAAGGGGGAGAGAGACACAAUAUCCGCAGCCUUACACCUUAACUAGCUGCUGCAUUAUUUUAUUUUAUUUUAUUUUUUUGGUAUUUAUUCAUCAGGAAUUAAAAAAAACAAAGUUUUAUUAAAGAUUGAAAAUUUGAUACAUUUUACAGAAACUAAUUGUGAUGUACAUAUCAGUGGUGACAUAUUAUUACUUUUUUGGGGAUGGGGGGUGGGUGGGGUGAAGAGAUCUUGUGAUUUUUAAGAACCUGCUGGCAAGAGUUUAACUUGUCUUCAGCAUAUUCUGAUUGUAUCAUAAUCAUUUUCUGCUGUUGCAGAGGAUGUGAAUACACUUAAGGAGCUCACAGAAUCCCAGUAGCACAAAUUGGGCUUUGGCAAAUCGUGUAUUUUGUGUAUAGAAGGAAUUUAAGGAGAGGUAUUACUUAUUUUCAUAUUGUAUUUUAACUGUUUCUCUGAUCAAAUUUUUUUACUUCCUCCUAUUCCUCCCCACCUCCCUCCUUUUCCAAUUCAGUAUUUGGAGUUCAACACUGUCUCUCAAUCAGAUCAUCUUGAUCUUUUUCUUUAUUUCCCUUCCCCUCCCUGAGUCCCAUAUCUUGGUCAUAAAUAUUGCAUUAUUCACACUUUCAAACUGUGUAUUU